AUGGAAAGUGCACACAGAAGGGCGCAUAGUAAAGAGUGUCGCCAUAAAAAAAAAGUACCUGAAGCCGAAGCUGUAGAGGUUGUUUGUCGGCUUACUAACUAUCAUGAGAGCGACUCAUGCCUCCGGGCAGUUACUGACACAAUUUUGAAAUGUAUUCCUCCGGAUGGUUACACAAAGCGAGGUGGUAAUAUCUGUGAAGAGAAAUCGUACGAGUUUUCUCACGUUUUCCAUGAAACAGAUGGCCAAAAAUACAUAUUUGAAAGAUGUGGAAAAGAUCUAAUUAAAGGAUUAUUAACAGGUUAUAACGGUCUUUUAUUCACAUACGGAGUUACCGGAAGUGGUAAAACAUACACGAUGACAGGCAGACCUACUCCUGGUGGUUCUGGUAUUCUUCCGCGUACACUUGAUGUAAUUUUCAACAGCAUUGUUAACAAACUACCAAAAUGCAUUUUCUUCUCAAAUGGUAAAAAUGGGUUCGGUAUAAGAUCCGGAAUCGAAGCUCAUAUGGCUAGAAAACAGUCGGAAAUUGAGAGGCAGGAUACUAGUCAAGAAGUUGAUGAAAGAUACACCGAAGAAUCUGUAGUGGCUGGCUAUGUUGAGGACUACGUCUGUUCCGUUUUCGUGAGCUACAUUGAAAUAUUCAACAACUAUUGCUACGAUCUUCUUGAGAAGAACAAUUCUCAAACGAAGAAGGAAACUCGAUUAGAUUCGAAAGGUGUUGUAUAUGUAGAAGGCAUAAGUGAACUCGAAGUGGAAAACAGUAACGAGGCGCUCGAAAUUUUCUGUAGAGGAGAAGAAAAAAGAAGAACUGCUGAAACUUCGCUUAAUAGGGAUUCAUCGAGAUCUCACAGUGUGUUCACAAUCAAGCUCGUAAUGGCACCUAUAAGUGAAACUUCUAACACACCAUAUCCUGCAAGUGAUCUUGAUCAGAUAGUUGUAAGUCAGCUGUGUUUGGUGGAUUUGGCAGGAAGCGAAAGAGCGAAAAGAACGAAUAAUGUGGGAGAGCGUUUGAUGGAGGCUGGAAAUAUUAACAAGAGCUUAAUGGUUUUAAGACAAUGCAUUGAUAAACUCAGGAGAAAUCAAAGAGGUGGUCUCAUGGAAACAGUGCCAUAUCGCGAUUCAAAACUCACUUACUUAUUCAAAAACUACUUUGAAGGAUCAGGAAAAGUUCGUAUGAUCAUAUGUGCCAACCCAAGACCUUCUGACUUCGAGGAAAACUUGAAUGUUCUUGCAUUUGCUGAAGAGUCUCAAAAUGUUAAAGUACAAAGGGGUGAAGAUCGUUUGGAAAUGACUACAAACGGCUUCCACAUUCCCAGACCAUUCUAUUUGAGCAGGAGAGCUGCUCUGGAGCAAAUUAUGAAUCCAUUCACUAAUAAUGAAUUUGUGCUCGAAAGUCCUCCAGUAUCUACAAUCAAAUCCCCAGAGGAUGCUCAUGUUGUUAGGAAUCUCAUCGAGUAUUAUGAAAAGAGCUUGGAUGAUACUAAGAAUCUAGUCGAGUACCUCAAAGUACUACUAUCGGAAUGCAAACAGAACUUCAUGAACGCGAUUAUUCAAAGUAAUUAUUCGAAGAUACAGUUAGAGGCUUUGAGAGAAGAGAAGGAACAGUCGGACAAUCAUGUUCUUCAAUUAAGUUCGGAGCUGAAACAAGUGAAGAGAGCCCUUGCAUCGCUCACGGAUAGAGUCCAAAAAUAUGAAACCGAUGAGAAAAAUCUUGCUAACAUAGACAACUACUUCCGAGGUGUGAGAGAAACGAGGGAAUACUCACGGAAGCAGGAGAGAGUGAUCAAUGCUGCUAUCGACAUAUGCGAGAACAGCGUAUCACCAAGCGUAACUCGAUUAAGAAACAAGUUCGACGUGGAGAAUAAUACACCUAUAAUGACCUCAUCUAAAAGAAAGAUGAUUAGUUCAUCCAGCACUCAGUUGGCGGAGCGAGCAGAAAGAAAAAAAAUGGGAGCUACUCCUGGAGGACCUGGUUACAUGGAUCCCAAGUGUAGAAGAAGAUCGAAAUCGGCUUCGCGUACAUUGGAUCACCAACCUCUGAAUGUAGUUCCCAUAGGAGGCAUUCUCCGUCCAGUUUAUCCAUCUAAUGCUAAGCAUGUAACUAAACCUGAGAUGUCAGAUUUACUAAAGUCGUCCGAGUAUGUUCUUACUCACCAGGAAGUCGAUAAUGAAGGCAAUGUCAGCACAAGUAUCGUGAAGGGUGAUUGUAUUCCGACUGCCGGAGGAGGAACUGCUGUUCUUUUCAAUGAUGUUGAGCGUGUAACUCACACGAAGCCACCUCGUUCACGCUCUUCUCGACGGUAA